AUGGGAUGUAACAUGUGUGUGGUAGAGAAACCCGAAGAACAAUAUCGGGUGAUGCUGCAGGUGAAUGGACGGGAACUGUCCCGUCUCUCGCAGGAGCAGACGCUUGAGGCCCUCCGGUGCUCUAAGGAACCUCUGGUCAUCCAAGUGUUACGGCGCAGUCCUCGUAGCCGGGGUGGAGGUGGUGAGGGAGCCACCUCUCAAGGAGAUGUCACAACCCUGGUCGAUAGCGGAACCCAGACAGACAUCACCUUUGAACACUUAAUGGAUUUAGGCAGGAUCCGGCCACCAAGCCCUCCAGCCAUGAGGAUGGAGCCCUAUGGGCUGCCUGAUCUCCCCUCAAUUGCACAUGAAUAUUAUGACCCUGUGGAAUUCAUGGAAGGAGCUGCUCCAGAGGCUGAGCGAGCAGAAGACCUAGAAUACGAGGAGGUGGAGCUGUACAAAUCCAGUCACCGGGAUAAGUUGGGCCUGAUGGUUUGUUAUCGAACUGACGACGAGGACGAUGUAGGCAUCUACGUUGGAGAGGUCAGUCCUAAUAGCAUUGCAGCCAAGGAUGGCCGAAUUCGAGAAGGUGAUCGCAUUGUCCAGAUUAAUGGAAUGGAGGUGCAAAACCGAGAGGAGGCUGUAGCAAUUCUUACCCAGGAGGAGCGAACAAACAUUUCUCUGCUGCUGGCUAGGCCCGAGACUGAGCUGUCCAAACGCUGGAAGGACAGUGACCGUGAGGAUUUCUUAGAUGACUUUGGAUCUGACCAUGAAGCUGGAAUAAAACCGCAACGGCUGCUUUCUCCCCCAGACCAGCAGGAGGAACCACUACAAGAAAAGCCUUCUGGGGAUGCAGCCACACCGCUGACUAACAGCCAGGAGCUGGACAGUGGAGUUGGCCGGACCGAUGAAAGUACCCGUAACGAGGAGAGCUCUGAACAUGACCUGCUGGGAGAUGAAGCACCCAGUGCUGCCAACACGCCAGGCAGCCUGCGCAAAUUUGGGCCUAGCCUCCAGCCUCGGGACUUCCAUUAUAGCAUGGACUCCCUCCUGGCAGGGGAGCUUCCUAGUGCUGUGGGCACAGACCUGAUGCCAGGACUUACCGAUGAAGAAUACGAACGUUACCGGGAGCUGCUGGAGCUCAAGUGUCAUCUGGAGAAUGGCAAUGAACCAGGGCUAGUGAGUGCUGCCCUGGAUGUCAACCGCAACGAGGUGGCUCUGCUAGAGGAAGAGCUUCGCCACCUGGAAUUUAAGUGCCGCAACAUCUUGCGAGCACAGAAGAUGCAACAGCUCCGCGAACGCUGCAUGAAGGCCUGGCUGCUUGAGGAGGAAGGGCUGUACACCUUGGAAGGGGAGCCUAAGAAGCACGAACUGUCAGACAUCACUGAACUGCCAGAACGCUCAGAUAAGGACAGCACGAGUGCUUACAACACUGGAGAAAGUUGCCGAAGCACCCCCUUAUUGGAAAGCCCCUUGCGUCGCUUGGCUGAGAGCCCCAAUCUCAACCGCACAGCUCCCCCUUCCCCACCACACCCUAAGUUCCGCCGGGAAGAGCGGGUGCGGCGCAGCCCCAAGGCAACUGGGGAAAGCAGCCCUUAUUUGAGUCGACGUCAGCGGGAAGAGCUACCUGCUCCCAUCAGCCCUAUGAGCUUAGCCAGCAUUUGCAAGGACUCACUUGGGAGCAAAGCAGAACCCCGCAUGGAGUGGAAAGUGAAGGUUCGUAGUGAUGGCACUCGCUACGUGGCCAAGAGACCAGUGAGGGACCGGCUGCUCAAAGCCAGGGCCAUGAAGAUCCGCGAGGAACGCAGCGGCAUGACAACAGAUGAUGAUGCUGUCAGUGAGAUGAAGAUGGGACGUUACUGGAGCAAGGAGGAACGGAAACAGCACUUGAUUCGAGCUCGUGAGCAACGGAAACGCCGCGAGUUUAUGAUGCAGAGUCGGCUGGAGUGCUUGAGAGAAAGGGAAGGAAGUGAAGCUAGAGGGAUUUCUAGUGAGGUCAACAUCUUGGCACUGAGCCAUCGUAAAACCAUGAAGAAACGGAGUCGACGCAUCUUGGACAACUGGAUUACCAUCCAAGAAAUGUUGGCUCAUGGCACUCGCUCAGCAGAUGGCCGCAGAGUUUACAACCCGCUGCUCUCUGUCACUACUGUGUGA